AUGGGCGCACUCCGGGCGAUCGACGCACGCAGCCGGCUCGGACUGCUCUACUGGGCGCUGGUGGUGCUGCGCUGCAUCAGCGCCUUCUGUGGAUACGCCUACAUCCACCCGGACGAAUGGAUGCAGUCGGGCGAAGCGUACUUUGACGCAGCGUCGCUGCCGUGGGAAUGGCAGCCUCGGCAUGCGCUACGCUCCCCCGCUGCGCUUCGCACGCAGCUCGCUGCAGUGCCCGCGCUGUCGCUCUUGACCGGCCAGGGAGGGUGGGCGAGGUUUGUGGCGCAGCGCGCCGCGAUGGUGAUAUGGACGCUCGUGGUGGAUGCGGCGGUGGUGGUGACGGUAGAGCCACGACUGGCGCAAAGGCUGCUGUGUCUCUACGGCGUCUCGAGCGCUGCUACAACGUUUAUGGUGAGGCCGUUCAGCAACUCGACCGAGGCAGUGCUGCUCGCGCUCAGCUUCGUGUACGUGCUGGCGUUCGUGCGCGAUGAUGCGUGGUAUCGAGGAGGCGCGUGGAAGUGGACAGUGCCCGUGCUGCCGGUCAUGACGGCAGUGGGCGUAUUCACCCGCUUCACAUACGUCGCCUUUGCAGCGCCCGUCCUCGCCCUCUACCUGGCGCGGUUGGUUGAACUGGCUCGCAAGGGCCAUGCGGGCAAGGUGGCGGUGUGGUUGGCGGUGGCAGCCGGGAGUGGGGCGGCAACAACAGCGGUCUACCUCGGCAUCGACACGCAGUUCUACACCCAGUCAGGGGCUGCUGAGGUGGCGAGCGUACGAUGGCGUGGAAUGGAGGCGGUCGUGGCGCCGCUCAACGCACUGGCGUACAAUGCGCGCACCGACAAUGUGGCGCAGCACGGUCUGCAUCCUCGCUGGCUGCACCUCUGCGUCAACCUGCCCAUCAUGGUCGGCAUCGCCAACGUCGCUGUGCUGCUCAUUCACGCCGCCAACACCUUUCGCGCCUGGCUCGCAAGACGUGGACCCGAGGCACGCACCUCGACGCAGGAUGGGGAGGCGGCGGUGGGGCUAUCGCUGUGCAUCGUGGUGGUUGCGCUGUGCAUGCUGAGUGUAUCGCCGCACCAGGAGCCGCGAUUUCUACUUGCGCUCGCGUUCCCCUCGGCGGUGGUUAUGGCGCAUGCGCUAGGAUCGCGCUUCUUCCGCACGCGUCCGCGCCUCGUACGAUGGCUGGUGGCACUCCAUAUCGCACAACACCUGCUCCAGAUGGUCCUCUUCUCCUUCCUCCACCAAGCCGCCCUCCUGCCUGCACUGUUUGCCAUCGACAAGGAUACGACCCUCCAGACGCAUGUGGUGUAUCGCACUUUUCCCGUCCCCACCCACCUCACCCCCCACAAGGACGUUCGGGGAUUCGACUCAUCCACCUCGCCACAACAUCUGCUCCAAAUAGCCAUGCAAGAUUGUGGACUCACCGCCAUCUACACUCCCAGCUGGUUCGUCCCCGCACUGCAACAACAGGCUCUCAACCAAGGUAUCUCGCUUACAACGCAGCGACACUUUGCGGGACACGUGGAUCUAGAUCACCUCGAUUCGGCACUCGCGCUCCUGCGCACCUCACGCGUGCACGAGGUGUUUGCCAUCCACCAACUGCUCGUCAGCUGCCCCCCCUAG